CAAUGACGUAAGUGGGUAAAAUAGGGGCUGGGUAGCUUCUGGGUUGAUGUUUUGAUGUCAGCAUACCCCUUUAUUAAUUGUUGCCAUUAACCAACGACAUAAUACAAUAAUAAAAACCGACACUUCUGAAAGAUAGCCGAGACUAUAUUCCGGUCCUCUCAAUUUGAAUCUUGGUAGACAUUUUGUUCUUACGGGCGAUGGCCAUGACAUGUAAAUUAUCGGACAUAAUGCCUUCAUCGGCGUUUAGUAUAGCAAAGCCGAACCUGCGAACUACGAAUUUGCUCCUUACAAACGACUAUUUAAAUGGAAGUAAUCAUAGUUAGUAUCCUCCUAGAUUGUAUACUAUAUUACGAAGUAGUUAGAAAUCGCAGAAAUGUCGAACUAUAGCCUUCCAUUAUCGGGUAAAACCGCCUUGGUGACCGGAGCUUCGAGGGGCAUCGGCGAAGGAAUCGCGGUUGAACUCGCUCGUCGUGGAGCAACAGUAGUCUUAACUUCUGUGUCUCCGAGUAGCGAGUCUCGCGUGAAAGAGAUCCGCCAAACCAUCGAAUCCCUCCCUCAUAAGCCUCGUACUUAUGCCUACCGAGUCGAUCUUAGCACACCUGAUGGGCCGCAAUCGCUUAUCAACGGCCUACUGGAAUGGAGCGAUAAUAAAUUUCAAUUAGACAUACUCGUUAAUAAUGCGGGUACAGAAAAAGUCAAGUCUUUAAAGGAGUUAACGAUAGAAGACUAUACUGAUGUCUACAACCUAAACGUACGCGGGACAAUAUUAUUGACCCAGGCGGUUCUUCCAUACCUCGGUGACAAUGGUCGCAUCAUCAACAUCGGUUCCGUCGGCGCAAGGGCAGGUCUGAAGGAGUUGAGUCUCUAUUGUUCCUCUAAAGCGGCUCUUGAAGGCUUGACUCGAGUCUGGGCCACCGAAUUAGGUGGCAAUGGAACCACAGUAAACUGUGUUGAACCGGGACCGGUUCAGAGUGAUAUGCUUGAUAACAUACCAAAAGAAAUCGUACGGCUUCAGAAAAUUAUGACACCAAUUGGGAAUCGGUUAGGAACGAUCCCCGAGAUCGCAAAUAUAGUAGCAAGCUUAGCUGGGCCGGACGGUGCUUGGAUCACUGGGCAGUGUAUUAGUGCCACUGGGGUAAGUACCCGUUAUAACCUGGAUUGCCGCUUUUUGGCUAUGUUGAAGCUAACAAAUCGUGUUCGAAGGGCAAUGCUAUGUAUUAAAUGGUACAUAGGUAUACGCACGCUUGCUUGAAAGGGGUGACGAUGGCCAGAGCUUGCUACACAUGAAACCUAACCCGCAACGCCCAUAUGAUCUUC